AUGAGUGUGAGGGAGGCUGUGGAGCAGUCUCUUAAUGCUAGCAAGAUCAUACUGAGGUUCAAUGAGGAACUGCAAGCAGUCGGAGAUGUAGCUGGCCUGUUGAGUGUCAUUCUAGGAGCGCUGGGUUCUUAUUACAGCAAAUUUUCUAUUUGUGAAAAGAGUUGGGCAAAGGUGCAGGGCAAAGAUAGGGUUUAUGAUGAUUGCAUAAAGGAGAUGUUCCACUUUCAGGAUAGUAGUGGUAGAAUCAAGAAAAUACUUUUGCAACAAAUGGGGAGGUCCUGGAAGGACACAAGGGGGAGGCUGUACGACUCGCAUUACAAACUAAUAAGGACACUUGAGCAGAAUCUUGAGAAGCACCCGGAGGGAAUUCCUAGACAGCAUUGGAGGUGGUUCAUUGACUAUCGUAAUGAUCCUGCAACAAAGUCAGAAAAGCAAGGGAUGAGAGUUGGUAAGGGAGAAGUAUGGAUCCUAAAGCACAAAAUAUCUGAUGGAAGCUAUAUACAUCAAGAAGCUCGAAAGAUUGGUGUAAAAAAAAAAAUAUUUGAGAUUGAGCAGCUGGAUGAAUCUACAAGAAUAUUGUCAAAAAAUGAUUCCUUUGCCCAAGCUCUCGGUAAAGAUCACCCGGGUAGAGUGUGUGGGAUGGGACACGGGCCGACACCAAGUCAGCUCUUCCGUCUGAGUUCGCAGCCACCAGUGAAUAGAGUUUAA